AUGGCAACUUACUGUGAAGUUUGUUCUUUGCAAUUAAAUGACGAUUAUGCAUUUAGAACUCACUUGACAGGCAAGAAACAUUUAAGAAAUUAUCAACAAAAAGAAUUUCAAAGAAAGAUACUUGAAAAUUCUAUAUAUGUUUCUCCUAUACCAAGAUACAUUACUGCAUAUAAGUUAAUAGAGUUUUUUCUACAAUUUGGCUCUAUUGAAAGUUACAAAAUUGGUCCAAAUCAUGUUAUAAUAACAUUCGAUAAGAGAGAGCCCGUGGUUUAUUUGCUAAACAAUCCAAUCUGGAUAAACAAAACAAAAUUGGAUAUUAGAAAAAGAAUAUUGAACAAUACAAAAAGGGAGUGUAAUACUAAUAAUUCAACCGAGGUAGCGAAAGUUAUAGAUUUUGACUCUAUAAAGAAUAUAUUUGAGGAGGAAAUUACAUUUAACAGUCAACUCGAUGCAUUUUUGAAUGCAGUACUUCUUAGCAAUACCGAGGUUGAGACACGAUACGAAAGUAUCUGUAAAUCUUUAAGUAUUAUAUUUGCGUCCGUAUUUCCAAAUUGUCAAACGUAUAGAUUUGGAUCUACAUAUACGGAACUAGGAUUUAAAGAAUGCGAUUUGGACAUCUAUAUGGAUAUCGGUGUGCCAAUAUGCGAUACAGGAAAUAGUCCUUGGUCGAUGAAGAAGGUAUUUAAACAAGUAAAAUUUGUCAUGUACAAGAUGAAUAAAAUAUUCACUGACGUAGUGCCAAUACCAAAGGCAAAAACUCCUAUUAUAAAAUUUUAUCACAUCCCAACAAAGAUCUCUUGCGAUAUUUCCUUUAAAAAUGGUUUUGGGAUAUAUAACAGUAAGCUUAUAAAACACUGUUUGUCACUUGACAUGAGAUUAAAGCCAUUGAUAAUAGUGAUAAAGUAUUGGGCAAGACAAUAUAAAAUAUCCGGUUGUGGAAAAAUAUCUAAUUAUGCAUUAAUAAUGUUGAUCAUAUUUUAUCUACAACAAGCAGAACCAUACGUACUUCCACCUUUAAGGGAAUUUCAGAAAACGUGUAUACCAAUAAUUAGUAAUGACUGGCAAGUGAACUUUGAUGAAAAUACGGUACUGCCACCAAUUACCAACAACAGCAAUAUACCACAACUUUUACUAGGCUUUUUCGAGUACUAUCUUAAUUUUCAAUUCAAAACAUAUAUCAUUUGUCCCUGGGACGGUAUAUUACAUACGAAAGAGGAAUUCGCCAGAGUGGACAAUUUGCCAAACUAUAUGGCACGAUACAAAAAUAUUGCAACAACGGAUGAUCUUAAGCUUGACAUUAAUAAAUUGGUUUGUAUUCAAGAUCCUAUUGAAUUGAAUCGUAAUGUUGCAGCUUCUACGUCGCAACAGGUCAUAACGUUAUUUCAAAAGUAUUGUGAAUUGGGCGUGCAAAUUUGUACGACGGAGCAUGCAAACAAUUACAAGAAUCUUUUAGAAUCUUUAUUUAGUUCAGUUUCUAAACUAGAAAAUGAUCAGAUUCAAAUAGUGGUAGCAAUAUAUGCUGGGCCAUAUCUGAGUAUCGGUUUGCCGGAUAAUUUUGAAAAUCGUGAUGAUAUAAUUAAUAAAGAACAAUAUAAAAAAGAUAAUUGGUAUUUUAUAAUAUUCAAUCUAGUGAAAGAUAUUUUUGAAAGAGUGUACAAAUUAAAAAUAGAAGUACUUUCUGCCGAUAAAGAAGCUAAGCAACAAAAAAUUGAAAUCCUAUCGGAUGUACAUACGAAAGAACAUCAACAGUUUUUGUUGCACUGUACGGGAAGCGAAUGUACGUGGUCUAAUAGGAAGUCUGGUGUAACUCAUUUAAGUUCUACCAUGAACGCUUUGGACAGAGAAGCUAGCAUAUCGGACAAUGUGCUAGAGGAGAACCGUAGAAGAGGUCGUCUAAGAGAAGUAAAAUUAGACUUUAUAUGUAAAUUUGAGAAGAAAGAUAAUCCGGUGCACGUCCAAUUAGAGCUAAAUAACAAGAACAGCGGAGUGAAACUUUUUAAAGAAUUUGGAUAUUUAGUUAGAGACAAAAUACGAAAAAUUGCUAUGAAUACUUUAAUGCAUAUGCAACAACAUGGAAUGCAUUACUAACUGAUAUCUAUUAUGCUCGAUUGUAUUAAUAAACGUAAACAUUUGAAAUUCGAUAAUUUGUAGGAAUUUGGUAUUGGAGAAGGACCAAAAUAUUCCAACGGCAAUUAUCUUAUUUUCUUUGGUUAAAUAUGAUAUUGAUACAUCGAGAAAAUGUCUGGAGUUUACAAAUAAUUAAAUAAAAAGAGACAAGAUAUUGUCAAUUGACAUGUAUACAUAUCAUAUUUUCUUAAUAUCUAUUUUUUAGAAAGAUUAUUUUUCUACGCAAGAAUAAUGAUUCAUCUGUAGAUCUUUUACUUUUUUCUUUUUUUCUUUUUUUCUUUUUUUCUUUUUUUUUUUUUUUUUUUUUUUUUUUUAUUUGCUCCCCCUAAGAAAAAAUAUACAUUAAUAAGAAACAAGUCAUGAAAAAAGUCGUCAAUCAUUGUCAAUCAGCAUUCGUGCAUAAAAACUGUAUGAGCGUGUGUGCGUGUGCGUGUGCGUGUGUGUACCUUUCAAUAUAUUUAAAUUUCAACAGAAUUCGAAUCGCAUUAUUUGUGUGUAAAUUAAGACUGAUCGAUCCCGAUCUUUGAAUCAUAAUAAAUAUAAAUAUUUACUUUU